UAAGUGAGAUACAGCGUGAAAGACUUUUGUCCAGUGUUUAUAUCGAGAUCAGAAAUGCAUAAAUUACGCAUUCUUGGAGGGGGUGUCGUUUUUUAACCAAUCAAUAAGCUGCAAUCAUAUGAGUCCUGGAGGGUGUUGGUGCUUGUUGGUGCAGAAUAACAGCAGGAUGGUCAAGUGGUCAACUGGCAAGUCAAGUGACAAGUGAUCAAAUCUAAUAUUUUGGCAAAGAAUCAAGUGCUCUUACAGACAUGGAAAACUGUUUAAAACUGAUUCCUCGUAACUGUUACAAUACGUACAGUUCAGUAGUUCUUGCUUUGUUUGUAGCAAUCGGCGUGGUUCUCCUUACAAUCGCGAGUGUUUUCGAGACGAAAUCAAGUCUGGAAUGUGACCUAGACAAGUCUCUCGCGAGCACUUUAUUUAAAGGGAAGUACAUCGAAGCACGAUGUCUUCUGAAAUACGCAGAACAGUUUCUCCCUUCGUUACCUCUCACUGCUUUGAUUGGAAUUAGUUUUGGACUUGUGGUUGUAUGUAGUGUCGUGUACGGUUACCUGGUGAAACAUAGAGUGGACUUCUUCGCAAAUAAUCCAAACACAACGACGAACGAGGGCGUAGAAGAAAGCCGGCCAUUGUCUGAAGCAUCGCCAGCCGCACCAGUGGCGUAUCCAGGUAGUAAUCGUUAUUUUGUAUUUAUGGCUUACGUAAUCCAUUUAUUCGUUUGUCGUAUAAUACCACUGACAAUAUUCUCAGCAUUUCUUUUAACCUCGUCCAAUUUUCCGACCCAUUUUGAAUGUCCUUUGCCCAAUAUGAAAACAACAACUAGUACUUUCCAUAAGAACGUCACACGACCAACUACGAAUUCUUCAUUUGUGGACUGCACUUAUUCAAUGGGUGGGAAGAAACAACAAGUUGUUGUCGGCUUCAUCACGAUUAAUUUCCUCGUCGAUGCAGUGACACUCGUUGAGAUUGUUUAUUUGUUGUGGUCGGCAUGGAAAAGACCCACUUUCAAAACUGAUCAGGAGUUCAUUACCGUGUACCUUGAAAAAAAUCAUGCAGAAGCAACACCUAACACCUCCAACCCUCACUCCUCUAACUCUCCUAACCAAGAGGUAAACAAGGAAAUCCAUGAGAUAACUCAGAAAACUAACUCUAACUCUCCUAACCAAGAAGUAAACCAGGAAAUCCAUGAGGUAACUCAGGAAACUAACUCUAACUCUCCUAACCAAGAAGCAAACCAGGAAGCAAACCAGGAAAUCCAUGAGGUAACUCAAGAAACUAACUCUAACUCUCCUAACCAAGAAGUAAACCAGGAAAUACAUGAGACUCAGGAAACUAACUCUAAUUCUCCUAACCAAGAAGCAAACCAGGAAAUACAUGAGACUCAGGAAACUAACUCUAACUCUCCUAACCAAGAAGCAAACCAGGAAAUCCAUGAAAUAACUCGGGAAACCAAGUCUAACUCUCCUAACCAAGAAGUAAACCAGGAAAUCCAUGAGAUAACUCAAGAAACAAGGUCUAACUCUCCUAACCAUGAGGUAACUCAGAAAACUAACUUUAACUCUCCUAACCAAGAAGCAAACCAGGAAAUCCAUGAGAUAACUCAGGAAACCAAAUCUAACUCUCUUAACCAAGAAGCAAACCAGGAAAUCCAUGAGAUAAUUCAGGAAACUAACUCUAACUCUCCUAACCAAGAAGCAAACCAAAAAGUACAAGAAAUGAUUCAGGAAAAUAAAUCCAAACAUUUAUUUACUGUGAAUGAUGUCUUAGGAGGGAAACGAAAACUGGAUGAAAUUUAUAUCAAUGUCAUAAUUCAAGAUGGAAGAGAACAUGUCAAUUAUUCGAGAAGGGAAUUUUUGAAGACUAGACAUGAGAUUUAUGACAUUCAAUUGAAAAAGCCUCCUAAUGCAAAAGUACUUGAGAAUACAGUGGAAUUAUUUCAAGCAGCAAAAGCUGGUGAGAAGCAACCUAGAACUGUUCUUGUAGUGGGCAGACCAGGCAUUGGGAAAACUUUGCUGACUGAAAAAAUAUCUCAGGAGUGGCAAAAGGGCGGAAAACCUGAUGAAUUCUGGCAUAAAAAAAUUGUACUAUUGAUCAAAUUUCGUAAUUUUAACAACCAAGAAACAAGUCUUCAAGAAAUGUUAAAUAAGGCUCAUGGUCUCAAUAAGGCAAUACCUCUGUCCAACAAUGAUUCUAUCCAUAAAUAUAUCCAUCAGAACCCAAGUAAUACCAUCCUUGUUUUUGAUGGCUUAGAUGAGCUCCAGGUAGAUGAUGAGUGUUUAACUGAAGGAAAAACUGUAAACAGCCUAGAGGAACGUGCUCAUAUAUUCCUGAUUUUCAAACAGCUGGUGAAUGAUGAAUUAUUACCUGGAAUUACUGUGUUAACCACAUCUCGACCCACAGCAGAAUACAUCUACCAAAAUCUUGAUUUUAAUAGACAGGUGGAGUUAUUGGGUUUUAGUGAGGAACAAAUAGAAGAGUAUGUUAAAAAAAAUUGUGGUGGUGACACCAAGGAAAGUUCUGAAAUAUGGAACAUAAUCAAGGAUUCGCCAGAACUAAUUAGCUUUUGUUACAUACCAGUCAACUCCUAUAUAAUUUGCUUGACAUUAUAUGAAAGUAUUGAUUUUGGUGAAGAAGUGGAGGAUGAAAGCUACAGCAAGAUUCCUAAAACAAUAACUGAACUGUACAAAAGAGCUAUAAGAAUUUUGCUGUUCAAACACAAUUCAAAACACAGGAUUAAACCAGUAAAAAAGGAUUAUCUGACUGCCAAACUUCCAGAGCUGCUUCAAAAGGACCUGGACAAGUUGAAGGGAAUUGCAAGAAAUGGCAUGGAAAAAGACAAGUUAGUUUUCGAGUUUAAAAGCAGUGAUGAAUCUGUGGCUGGCUUAUCAGAUUCUGGUGUGUUCAAUCAAUUGGACGACAAAAGACGAAAUAUUUUCUCUUUUCUUCAUCUUACAAUUCAAGAGUUUCUUGCUGCACUAGAUGUGGUUGAUGAUAUCAAAAAUGUUGAAUCAUUUUUAUCUAAUCACAUUGAUGAACCCAGGUGGCAUUUGGUGAUCCAAUUUGUAGCUGGGUUACUUGGAGAUAAAAUGAGAGAGUUAAGGUCAGCAUGGUGUGCAGAGAGUCAAGUGAUUGAAUGUAUAUGCAAAGGAUUUAAAGACUGGAUGCCAAAGAAACUAGGUAUUGACAAGAGUAAUGACAAAGGUUUACUCGUAAUAAAAAGUGUUUGGGAAAUGCAAGAAGAUCGCGUCAUGAAAAUGAUUUCGUCGUUUACGUCUGAGAAUGAUAACUCGUUUGCGUCUGAGGGUGAUGACUCGUUUGCGUCUGAGGAUGAUGACUCGUUUGCGUCUGAGGGUGAUGACUCGUUUGGGUCUCAGGUUGGUGAUCGUGAAACAUUUGCUUUGAUUGGAUUAAAUAUUGAACCAGCAGAAUCUACGGCUUUGUUCAAAUUUUUAAGCCACAUCAAGAACUUGAAUCAGCUUAAAAUCACUGGUUGUACUGUGACGAACAUUACUAUCCGUGAAUUGGCUAAGUUUUUGAAGAAAGAUAACCAUGGCCUGGAGAGUGACAACUGUGAACUUACUGAACUAAAUGUAAGUAGCAAUAUUGGUUUAACAACUAUAGAUUGGGAAUAUUUUUUAAAUGAUGCUCUGGAGAGUGACAACUGUGAACUUUCUGAACUAAAUGUAAGUAGCAAUAUUGGUUUAACAACUAUAGCUUGGGAAUAUUUAUUAAGUGAUGCUCUGAAGAGUGACAACUGUGAACUUAUUGAACUAAAUGUAAGUAACAAUGAUUUAAAAACUGAAGGUGCUAAAUAUUUAAGUGAUGCUCUGAAGAGUGACAACUGUAAACUUACUGAACUACAUGUAAGUAACAGUAUUGGUUUAACAACUGAAGGUUGUAAGUAUUUAAGUGAUGCUUUGAAGAGUGACAACUGUAAACUUACUAAACUAAAUGUAAGACACAGUGAUUUACAAACUGACGGUGUGAAAUAUUUAAGUGAAGCUUUGAAGAGUGACAACUGUAAACUUACUGAACUAGAUGUAGCUGGCAAUUUUUUAAAAACUGAAGGCAAAUCAUAUUAA